CCCCCUCGCCCGUGCCAUGAUGCCUUGUCUCACCCUCCCUGUGACCGCCCUUCAUCCACCAGUUUAAGUGGCACGGUGAAUUUAUAUGCCAUUAAGACAGAGGCAUGAAUAGUGCGCCAAAAGACUUCGUUGUUUACUCUUCAUACAACAGCCUCCUGCCGCUGAUCAGUCACUCAACAGACACAGGAAUCAUCGUCUCCAUUCAUCACCCAAGCACUAGUAACACUACAGAUGUUACUCUCUGUACUUAAGAUGGGGCAUCUACGUCCCUGUGUAUCAGGGUGUUGUCACACUCUUUGUGGUGCUCAAUUUCUCUUUAGCUACAUUCAUGGAUCCUGGAGUUAUACCAAAAGCCUCAACAGACGAGGACCGGGAUGACGACUUCCGCGCGCCACUAUACAAAAAUGUAGAGAUAAACGGCAUCACGGUGCGCAUGAAGUGGUGCGUCACGUGCCAUUUUUACCGGCCCCCACGUUGCUCACAUUGCUCAGUCUGCAACCAUUGCAUUGAGACAUUUGACCAUCACUGCCCGUGGGUCAACAAUUGCAUAGGUCGAAGGAACUAUCGCUAUUUCUUCAUGUUUCUCUGUUCACUCAGCAUUCAUAUGAUCUCCAUCUUCGCAUUUUGUCUUGUCCACGUACUGGAGAGAAAAGAUAACCUCACUGAAGUUAUGACUAUAAUAAGAUUUACUAACAGUCCUGCAGAGUCAAUGGUCGUAAGUAUGGUGGUGAUGGGGGUGAUUGCCUUGCUCCUCAUCCCCAUUCUGGGCCUGACGGGGUUCCACAUGGUGCUGGUCAGUCGGGGGCGCACCACCAACGAGCAGGUGACGGGCAAGUUCCGAGGCGGCUACAAUCCUUUCUCCCGCGGCUGCUGUAAGAACUGCUGCUUCAUCCUAUGUGGUCCCCAGUACCCAAGCAUAAAGAGACCUGCCAAGUACAUAGGGAGGUACAGGUUUAACCCGUCGUCCAGCCCGCCAGCCCCAGUGUCCACCAUCACCAGCCACAGUCAAGUGCGUGUGUACAUGGACAAUGGUGUUCAGGCACCCAACUCUACCGCCUACAGCCAAGAUACGGCAGGCUUGAUUGCUCAGGACAACCUGGUGGAGGGGGGAGGGGCCGGAACUUCGUCAUCAGUGGCUGUAGGAGGCGGCGGGGCAGGAGAGGGUGUGGAGGAUGGUGGGCAGCCCCCACCAGGGAUGAGCCAGAGUCAGGACUGCGAACCCACUCCUCCCUUGCCACGUCACCCUUCCAAGACUAACUUCUUCCAGCCUGACGCACCACCGCCCCACCACCACCCCGGCUACCACCACCACCACCACCACCACCAAUACGUGGACUCUCCCCGCAAGGCUAAUGCAAGUCAGCAGGUUACACGGCCACCGCGGUCCCCUCACUCCUCACGACCUAGGGGACUCGAUGGUCGAUCUCGGUCGACCACACCAGACCCACUCUCCCCGGAGAGACCCAUGCAGACUUCCCCGCCAGUUCCUGGAGGCCCCCGCACUGGGCCAUCCAGUCCCAGUGGGCAGCAGAUGUACCAGGGUGUUCCCGGCUCCCCCACGCUGCAUCACCGCAUGAAGCAGCUUGGAGGAGUGCCCACACCCCUUGCCAUGUCUUCUCCUCUCCGUCGAUCGAACCCGAGCACUCCAACGCAGCCACGCCGCCCCGAUUUUAUUGGUAUUGGAAACGAUGGGAAUCGAGGACCACCUCAGUACUAUCCUCAGUUCUCCUACGAGCCCCCGCACUCCUCCCAUACCAACGGUUCACCCCAGCGGCGCUACAUGUCUGAGUCUGAACUGAUUCGCCAGCCCCCAGACACGAGCAGUGCCUACCCUCGCACCACCACUAUGUUCGACAAUAUCCAGGAGCUGGCUGGCUCACCCCAGCACGGCCAGUACACGUGGCGGGACCAGUCACCUCCCCAGUACUGCCCAGGCGGUCCCAAUGAUCCAGGCGUCAUAUACCAGUCUUGUGGAUCUCAGGAGUACCGGUCCAACCCCACCAGCCCCACUCAGACAUGCCCCUCCUCCCAUUACUACCACCCCGUGCACACCCAGAUAGCCGGUGUGCACAGUGGGCAUUACCAGGCCCAGCACCAGCCCACCUUCACCCACAUGGGACACCCGCCCCUCCAGGGCUACCCGCCACAGCAGCAGGUCAAUGUCGGCCGCAGAAACUCCGGUCCAAGUUACGUGGGCCCUCAGUCACCUCAGAUCAGACGGAAGAACUAUGGGGGUGGCCUGGUGACGCCCCCUACCCCUACGGAAGGCAGCAGGCCCAGUCCUGUCCAGAAGCGGCCUGUGUCUUUUGUGAGGUCUCUAGACAUGAUGGAUAGCAUAGAAAUGUCUUCACGAGGUCCACCCCACCACCCUGGUCCCCCCCAUGGGCCGGCACACGACGGCCACCAUGCCGGCAUUCAUGGCCCCCGGGGGCCCCACAGUGGCACCCUGAGUCCCACCCACACCCCAAAGCCUGACCACCGCCUAGCCACGCCUCAGGAUAUUGACAGGCGUUCUGCAUAUGACAUGAAUUAUGAAAUAAGUGUGUGAACAAUUUGACUUGCAAGGUUGUCCCAGAAUUUGCAUUAAUGAGUGUCUUCAGUGUAUGUCUAUGUAAACCAUUCUGGCCGUGACAGCUGGGUCAGCAUCAGAUGUGUGUGUGUGUGUGUGUGUGUGUGUGUGUGUGUGUGUGUGUGUGUGUGUGUGUGUGUGUAUGCAUCUGUUUGUGUUAAGGUGGUUAUGUGACAUUGUGCCAAGUUUUAAUGAUCCACCUGAGACACUUUGGUUUUUGAAGGUGUGAUAAAGCCUCUGUUGGGAAAUUUAGGCACUUCUUGCCAAGUGUGCACCAAUGCUAGUCACAAAUAUUGUUUACAGUUAAAGACAAUGACUUGAAAAUGGAGUCAGAGAAAAGUGUUGUAGUGUGCAGCUGAGGCAUCCAAGGAUAUUAUGGCUGCUGGUGUUGGUAAUGUGGCAUCCCUGGCCAACAUGGUAAUGCUGGUAGGAAAUGUGUUUCCCCUCAUUAAUGAUCCUCAAUUGCAUUGUUGUUAAUGGAGAUAUUUUAUGGAUAUAUAUAUAUAUAUAUAUAUAUAUAUAUAUAUAUAUAUAUAUAUAUAUAUAUAUAUAUAUAUAUAUAUAUUAUACACGUAUGCAUCAAGUGAUGUGUACGGCGGGCAUUGGAAAGCAUUCAUUCUCCAUCGUACAGAAAGUUUACCAUUGAUUCGUAAUUCUGGGUAUGAAUCUUAAGCCAUGUGUAUAGGUGAAGGGAAGAUGUCUUCAUAUUUUAUUACUUUUUUAAUUGGUUUACUCAUCCUCAUAAUGUAACUAAUCACAGUGGUAUAUUCACCUUUAUUCUAAUCUGUAGAACAAGAGCUUUUAAAUCUUGACCUCUGACCUCCAUGAUCACCUCACAGACUUAGCCUCAACCCACCAAGAGCUCCUCAACACUGUCACUCCAGCAGCCUCCACCUCCUACAUUCCUGUUCUCUGUACAUUGUAUUUGCUGGUAAGUGUAGCUCCCUCUCAAGCAUUAACUUGGUUAUACUGAUGAGUUUUUUGAGUUCAUAAUCACUCUCUGAGGAUACCUACCAUGUACCCAAUUGAUGGAUUGUGUUUGUUGCCCUCCCGUCAUGUUGGUGUUUUCUCUAAUGGACAUCCGGCUGUUACAGACUGGUCAGGCACACAGCAUCAUGUUAUGUAAACUGUGGAUGUAUUGUGCAUGCUUACAAUGAUUUGAUGAUGACUAUUGGUUGAUCAGUAUCAGAAUUAUUUCUGGUAUAGAAUUAUCCUGCUAUUUUUUAAAGCUAUUCUGUACUUGAUGAAAGUUACAAUUUCUUAUAUUUUAUGAAUUAUUUUUAGUAAUGGAUUCAUAAGUGUGUGGUCAGUACAAGUUAGUUAUAUAUUCUAUAUUUGAGUGAUUACUGAGUUGUGCUUCCGUCAAACAAUGGUAAAUGUGAAGGGGAGUGUGGCAGAAACUCACCCACCCUCCUACCACCACCACAUCUCCAAUUAAAUACUGUUGUGCACUUUUCUACAUGAAGAAAUAAUCACUGUAACAGAGGAACUGGUUUCCCCCGAGAGCAGCUUGCAGCAGGUUCCUGGGGUGCCUCCCACGCGGUGUGAUGAGCCUCCUGCAGCCGCAGCAGGACACACUUGGACGAGGCCCAGCAAGAGACAGGACGGUCUCAUGUGGGACUCCUGCUGUCCGGUUUAUUGUAAAAUUAGAAGCUAAAUUGUCAAGAUUUUGUUAACUUUUGCAUUGUGAAAAUCCUUACCGAAAUUUGUGGUUGAUGUGUGUCUUGCUCACUAUGAGUCUUUUCUUCCUCAAUAAUCGUAGUGAAAUUUUAUUUUCAAUUUUGAAUAUGUGGUUCGUAAAAGUACUAACUGGUCUAUUAUCUUCUCCUGAAAAGUUAUGUUUGUGGUCCAGGAUCUUCCAGAAUUUUUGCAUUUCACAUGUACAGACUCAUAAACACUUGGAUUAAUUAUUAGAGUGACAAGUUAAAGGAAGCAAGAACUUAGGACUUACCGGCAUCAUUUGAGUCACACAAGAUGACAAUCAUGAGGUGCAGAAACCCUGGCAGCAAGUACAGUACUGAAGGCAAGGAGAGGGAGAGGCCUGGCUGAUGUGAGGGAAGUGUGCAGGGGCUUACAUGGGCUCCUCUCUUUGUUAUAUAUAUAUAUAUAUAUAUAUAUAUAUAUAUAUAUAUAUAUAUAUAUAUAUAUAUAUAUAUAUAUAUAUAUAUAUAUAUAUAUAUAUAUAUAUACUGUACAUGCUCAAUUACCCAAUUUGUUGUAUAGUCAUUUCUAGGAACAAAAUUUUUAUCUAGCCAUACAAUCUUCAGCCUUGGCAUUGCUUUCAAUGGUAAUGUGUGUACCAGUCUUCAUGGAAGUUUAUUUUAUGAGCAUUUGAAAUGACAAUUGGAGUUCAUUCAAGAUGAGUCAGCUUCCCUUCUCUGCUGCUGAUGCUGCUCCCCACAUGGGCACAUCACCUGAGGUGCUCACUUGUACCAGACCAGCAUCAGCAUCAGUUGAGCAAGACAGUUGGUCAGUGCAUUGCCAUGUAGAGGCACAUGUCAUGGACAGAUACCCACCGUAGUGUUCUGCACACAGCUCUCCUCAUUGCCUUGGUUAGGAUUUACAGGAUUUGUUUGAAUUUAUGGAGACUUCCUUUGGAGUACUCCAGAGUGUGAAAUAUUGUACAGUUUGAGAGAUUCAGAGUUUUGUUAUACCAGGGCACUGUGUUGGUUCCUGUCUGCAUGAAGUGUGAUGAUAGUAUUAGACAUUUUAUUUAUAUAUUUUUUACCAAGAAAUAUUGGAAUGAAAGAUAAAUUUUGCUCCACUAACUGGCUUUAGUUGAGAGGCUGAAAGUUAACUAUCUUAUGGCCUCUUAAUGAUUUUUUGUUUUUGGUUUUGGUUUUAUUUAUUACUGAAGAAAUAUUUGAAAACUAUACCUUUUCCAAGAAUUUGUCAAAAUAUAACAUCAAUAAUUUUUUUUGUGCUACACAUUAAUCAGGUCAAACUGGGCUGGUUGGGGCAGUACAGUGAUGGAGGUCAUGCUUGAACAAAACAGUGAGAAUGUGGGAACAAAGCUUCAGGUGCCAUGAAAUCCUGUGUAGAACAAAAAGGUUGUAUUUGAAUCUUUACUGGACUUAAAAAACUGUUUUGUGCACUGAGACAUUUUAGAAAAGUCAGUAGUGCAUGUAGAAACCUUGGAAAAUCUGAACUCUUGGGAAUCAUUAAUAUUGUUUUGUAAUAUAGCAGAGGAGUCAGUGAAGGUUUCUCUUGAAUAUAUUAAGCCUGAAUCAUGAAAGAAGUCAGAAUGGUGUAACAGUGAAGCCAGUAAGUGUGAGACAAAAUGCAGCUCACAAAAGCUGUGAUGAGGACCACCAGACAGUGGAAGUUGUUGAGGUGUUGCAGUGGUGGGAUGCUGUAAGGACGUUAUCCAUGAAUUACCACAAUUUCAUUAACACUGGACUACGUACACUAUAAGGGGAACUUUUGAAUGAUCACCAAAAUUCAUGAAGUAUUUCUUUCAUUACAAAUUCAGCUAAUUAGUCAGUGUUAUCACUCACAGAAUUAUAAUGGCAGUGGAUGUUACAUGAAUGAUCCUUCUCUUGUUUGUAAUAAACCUGUGUGUUGAAGAGGGAGAGUGCUGUUGGUGAUGUCCCUAGGUGUUUCUAUUGGCAGAUGGAUAUAUUUUAGUGUAGCUGGGCAGACUCCCCCUCCCCCCUACCAUCAGUAGCACCCAAACCUGACACACUGACCAGAUCCUCCACUCCUUCCCUCCUGAACUCAACCACCCUAGUAUGUAGUGUCCUUGGAUCACCAGGCAGACAGUUGUGUGUGUGCCUAACAGGUCACCGCCCCUCUACCUCCUCCUCCGGCUGCACCACCACAUAAGACAACCUUCACUCCACACUCACCACUCUCUCUGCCAUCCUGCCCCCCACCACCCACCUCUGUUUUAUUUAUUUUCUCUCUCAUCCCAGAUCUUAUGUUGGUCUUAGAAUUUCUUCAGCUCACUCAGUAUUCCUAGCUGCCCUUUAUAACAUUGAUUCCUUCCAUAUCAGUCUUGAUGAAAUUUAAUCCAUAAAGCAUAAUUUUGUGUCUCCCAUCCCGCAGUCAUUUACAGUUUGUUUGUCCCUUCCAUAUGCUUAUAUGUGAAGGAUUUUAUUUAACAAUUGUAAACUUUUUUUUUUUUUUUUUUUUUUUUUUUUUUAUGAUUAAGUUCCAUCUUUUAGAAAUAAACUUGAUUGUAUUAUUAAGGCCUGUAACUUAUCAUACAAUCAUGUCAAGUUUCAAGUCCCUGAUAUCAGUGUGCUCAGUCAAUGAAACAAAAUGUAAAAAUACUACAAGUAGAAUACGAUGCCAUCAAGAUGUUAUGAUAAUUUUAUUAUUAAAAUAUAAGAAGGAGAAUGGUUUUAAUUAGUCAUAAGUUGAGUGGCACUGACAUUUGAGCCUUGUUUGGGUGUCUACCUGUCGGUCUGUGUGUAACAGCAUGGCUACAGGAAUCAUAAGGGACAGUGAUUAUAUAUUUUUACAAAUUUAAUGCCAGGAUCUUAAAUUAAGUACUGUAAUAUAUGUUUGCAGAGUUGUUGCUUUUCAGUGAGGAUAAGAGUCUUUCUUCGGACCAGCCAGUAAAACUCCCAUCAAUAUUACAUGGAAACAGACUUAUGUUUUAAUGCUUUGUUAUCAUGUUCUGAUUCUGUGACACUUGCUGGAGGUUUGACGAUACUGGCUGUAGAAAUAUGACUUGGUUUAGAAUAGUAUUUCAUGUAAUUCAUCAUGUUUUGUAGUCUUCAAAAAUUAUCCUAAUGUUUGUCUCGAUACUGUUGCUUUGGUAACAUAUCUUGCCCCUUGUGCUCACUCCUCUGAUUUCUGUUAUCAAAUAUUGUCUUUCCUCAAGUUUUGAAAUGUUUUAGCAUUUUAUGGACCAAUGUGGAGAUGUCUCAGAGUAACCUGAACCUAACACCACCAUCCCUAGUGACCACCACCACCACCACCACCACCACCACUCAUCAUUGUGCUGCAGCUUUAGAUAAUGGAGGUUAUCUAUUGCUGAACUCACCUAGGUAUCACCAUCAUUAGGAUCAUCAGACCUGUAUAAUCACCAUACUGUCAUCUUGCCAUUGUCAUUUUCACUCAUCAUCAUCAUCCAUAUUAUUAUUAUACAGCUAGAAAGAGAGAUUGCAAGAGAGAGAGAAAGAGUGAGAGAGUAUUACAUUUUUACAGUCCCAUUUCCACAUCAUUACCAGGAACCAAACACUUGGAUGUUGCCUCAUCACCCAACUUGCCUCAUCCUCAUUCAUUAUUAGUAGUAUAGUGAUGUUUUCUACACUAAUCAUUCAUAUCCCUUAUAUGAUCCCUCAUCAGCCCCAUCCCCCCCCCCACUAAGUAUUAACAAUUUGUGUCGUAGGUGCCAUCCAUCGCCCCACCAUCCCUCCCCUCUCCUCACACACACACACACACACACACACACACACACAAAAUGUUUUCCAGCUUAAAAUUAACAGUAUUUUCUGUAUUCUAUCACAAGUGAGCUUACCUCUCGUACUUCUCUUCACUGCAUUAAGGGAAUAUAUGUACUAGUGUGGGCUUCUUUUAUUAUUAUUUUAUUUCUGGCAAUGCUUUCAGGUAUACUUACUUGUACAUGCUAUAUAUUAAUUUAUAUAUCAUUGUUUUAAAGGUCAUGUUUUUCUCCUUUCUUUUCCUCUGCAAAUAUGAAUGAGUUGCAUGGUAUCGUGUUCAUUUCCAAUCAUUGUUGUCUUGUACUUCAAAAAACUUAUUGGCAGCAUAUUGUUUUCAUUAUUAUAAUAGUUUUUCUAUUUAUUAUUAAUUUUUAUCAUUCUCUCUUCUGAAGCUCCAUAUUCACUACAUUUCCUUCUUUGUCUGUUAUUUCCUUUCUUUGCUGUCAUAUACUUAAUUGUAACCAGACAUUUACUGCAUUCCUAUUUCCUUCAUUUGUAUGUUAAUGUAGGUAGUGUCUUCCUCUUCAUUUGAGGCCCUGUACAUAAGAAGGUUCCAGUGCACCAGAAACCACUGCAUAUUGAUUGCCAGAUACAAGUCUUUCUUGCAGAUACAUUUUGGCUCAUCAUUGUUUAUGUUGUUGAAAUUAUACUAAAAAAGAAAAAAAACUAUUAAUGUCUGGGGUACUUUGUUUUGUGUCAAAACGCAACAAUGCUCGAUUAUUAUGAGUGUACACAACUUGUCAUUCUUGGCUGUUAUUCAUGUUGUGCCUUGUUGGCCAGUAAUCAGCUGAAGGGAAUGGUACUGUUGUCCCUCACAGCCGGUGACUGACUAAUAAGAGACCAGAGUUGCCUGGAUGCAGUAGUACCUUGUAUUGCAGGGCCUUAAAUAACCUGUAGUUUUACCCAAGUUGAGUGUGUUGUACUGGCUGCAAGUAUGACACUAGGACUUCCUUAUACUUGGAGCCUCAUUUAUGUUUCCUUCCUAACACUCACACACUACAUUCCAGAUUGCUGUUUCAUUUAUGAAAAUUGUUCCACAUCUGUUCUUGCUCUUCCUUUGAACACACUACCUACCCAUACCCUCCUCUUCUCCUUAACAGUGCUCUUGACAUUCAUCUCACUUUCCCCUUGCCCCAACACACUUACACUCCCAGCACACAACUGCACAUGAACACAUACUAUGUUCUGUGUCAUGUGCUCAGAGAAUAAAAGAUUAAAGCUUCAUAAAUCAGAGCUUUAUAUCAUUGUCUGCUGUGUACAUAAAGAGGCUGCUUGUCAAUCUCCCCUUAGUCAUUUGUAUAAAGAAUUUACAAAUUAAAAGAAAAUAUGUACAUAAA